AUGUAUGUUGCCAUCCAGGCGGUGCUGUCCUUGUACUCUUCUGGCCGUACCACAGGCAUUGUGAUGGACAGCGGCGAUGGUGUCAGCCACACGGUGCCCAUCUAUGAGGGCUAUGCGCUGCCGCACGCCAUUCUGCGAUUGGACUUGGCUGGCCGCGACCUGACGGAGUAUCUGAUGAAGAUCCUGACAGAGCGUGGCUAUGCGUUCACCACCACGGCGGAGCGCGAGAUCGUGCGAGAUGUGAAGGAGAAGCUUUGCUACAUCGCCCUGGACUUCGACAGUGAGAUGAAGGCGGCUUCUGAGUCUAGCGACAAGGAGAAGACGUAUGAGCUGCCAGAUGGCAACAUCAUCACCGUGGGAAGCGAGCGAUUCCGCUGCCCUGAGGUGCUUUUCCAGCCCAGCUUUGUGGGCAAGGAGGCCAGCGGCAUCCAUGACACCACCUUCCAAUCCAUCAUGAAAUGCGAUGUUGAUAUCAGAAAGGACCUGUACGCCAACAUCGUGCUUUCAGGCGGCACGACCAUGUUUCUGGGCGUGGGUGAACGCAUGACCAAGGAGUUGACUGCGCUAGCGCCUUCCACUAUGAAGAUCAAGGUCGUGGCACCGCCUGAGCGCAAGUACAGCGUUUGGAUUGGUGGCUCCAUUCUGUCCUCUCUGAGCACGUUCCAGCAGAUGUGGAUCUCCAAGGGCGAGUACGAUGAGAGCGGCCCCACGAUUGUUCAUCGCAAGUGCUUCUAG